GCAACGAGCGACGCGGCCGAGGUUAGCGACGAGUCGCGUCAGUGAUCCAUCCAAACACACGACAUAUCGAUAUAUAUAUAUCGCGCGCAGCCGGAGUCGGAGUGCGCGUUAAUUGCUGUGCGACGAAAACAAAAGGAGAAGAAGGAGGAGGAGGAGGAGGAGGAGGAACAAAACGUCGCGUGUCGGAGAAGGAAGAUCGGUGUUAACGAGAUCGUCAUCGCGACGACGACCCGAGACGAUCCCCGACAAUGUGCGAGUGCUGAUCGACGUCUCCCUCCCCCCCCCGUAUGUGUAUGUAACCCCCCGAUCUUUUUUCUCUUCCUCUCUUUCCCCUCAUCCUUUUAUCGUCGUGCGUUUCUCGUCUGUGCGUGAACGUCAACGAAGAGGAGCAAACAACAAGGAGCAACGCGGGACAGCCCUCGGAUAUAUUAAUGAAGAUGUGCCGUGGAUUGAUUGAUCGGUUGCUCCUGUUAGCGGCGUUCGGAAUCACCGUCCAAGGGCAGCUGAAAUGUCCGCGGAUAACCGAGCACCCGUCCGACAUAAUAGUCGCGAAAAAUGAGCCGGUGACGUUGAACUGCAAGGCGGAGGGCAAACCCGAACCGGUGAUAGAGUGGUACAAGGACGGUGAGCUUGUGCAGACGUCGCCGGGCGACGCCAAGUCGCAUCGGGUCCUGCUGCCUACGGGAUCCCUGUUCUUUCUGCGGGUGAUGCACGGCAAAAAGGAGCAAGAUGGCGGUGUGUAUUGGUGCGUCGCGCGGAACAAGGCGGGAUCGGUGCCGAGCAGAAACGCCACUCUCACAGUCGCAGUACUUCGGGAUGAGUUCCGCGCGGAGCCGCAGGACACGAGGGUCGCUGCCGGGGAGACGGCUUUGCUGGAGUGCGGACCGCCUCGCGGCCAUCCGGAACCAACCCUCCACUGGAAGAGGAACGGCCACAUAAUAGACCUCGAAGCGACAAAACGGAUAACCCUUGUGGACGGGGGCAACCUAAUGAUAUCCGACGUGAGGCCGGCCGAUCAAGGCAAGUACCAGUGCAUCGCUGAAAACAUGGUCGGCACCAAGGAGUCCGGGGUGGCGACCCUCACGGUAAACGUGAAACCGUUCUUCCAAGCCGUGCCGUCGAACCAGACGGUUCUCACGGAUCAGACGGCGGAAUUCGUCUGCAGGGUGAGCGGCGACCCGACGCCAGAGAUCCUGUGGCGGCGUAACGACGGCAAGAUGCCAAUAGGUCGGGCGCAGAUAUUGCCGGACAAAAGUUUGCACAUCGAGCGGGUGACGCCGCAGGAUCAAGGGACGUACAUCUGCGAGGCGAGGAACGACGUAGGCGCGAUAUCAGCGAGCGCCACUCUUACAGUGCACUCUCGACCCGUUUUCACCAACUUCCCCAAGGACGAGACGGUAAACGCCGGGACCGACGUUACCUUUUCGUGUGCGGCGCGUGGCGCGCCCAAGCCGUCGAUAUUCUGGACCCGGGAAGGUUCUCAGGAGCUAAUGUUUCCCGGCCACACGUAUCAGGGCCACUACAUCGUCACGGAAGACGGAAGUCUGAGUAUCAAGGGCGCCGUCAGGAAAGACGAAGGCCACUACGUGUGCAGCGCCAUUAGUCAGGCCGGCGCCAGCACCGCGACCGUAUUUCUUCAGGUGACGUCGGUCGAGGAAACGCCGCCGCCCAUAAUCGAGCUGGGACCGGCGAAUCAGACUUUGCCGUUGAAGAGCGUCGCGUCGCUGCCCUGCCGGGCGGUCGGUACACCCACGCCUCGGGUUCACUGGCACAAGGAGGGCGUGCUGGUGCGCCCGGGCGGCCGUAUCACCAUGGCCAUCAACGGCACGCUGUUCAUAGACGAUCUGCACGCCAACGAUUCCGGUCUGUACACCUGCAUCGCGUCCUCCGAGUCCGGGAACACCUCGUGGUCGGCCUAUCUGACGGUGAGCUCGGGCGCGAGCUUCCACCGAACGCCCGACAUCUCGGCGCUGCCGCAGAACCCGAGCAAACCGCGCAUAGUAAACGCCACCAGCAACUCCGUCACCCUCACGUGGAGUCCGGGUCACGAGGGUCAGAGCAAGAUCAUCGGCUACAAUAUCGAGUACUACAGCAGCAACCUGAACACCGGCUGGGUGGUGGCGGCCGUUGGUGUGCUUGACGAUAUCUACACUGUGACAGAUUUAAAGCCGGAGACCAAUUACGUUUUCCUAGUACGGGCGGAAAAUAGCCACGGGCUCUCGCUGCCCGGACCGCUGUCGGACGUGGUGCAAACUACUAACGUAAAUCAGCAUACGGUGCCGCAAGUGGAGCUGACUCGCGCCCGAGAUCGGCUCAACAGUGAGAUUUUACAUCUCAAAGAGGUCUUGCCGUUAAGCAGCACCAGUGUGAAGAUCACGUGGGACAUUCUCGGCGCGGCGGAUUUAGUAGAGGGUCUCUAUAUACGGUACCGCGAGGUAUCUGACGAGAAACCGGAAUAUCAGAUGGUCACGGUGCUGAACGCCGGCGCCACCAGUUACGUGCUGGACAAUCUGAAAAAGUAUACGCGCUACGAGUUCUUCCUGGUCCCGUUCUACAAGAUAAUCGAGGGCCGGCCGAGCAACGUAAAGCUGGUCACCACUUUGGAGGAUUUACCCUCGGGCGCUCCCGAGAACGUUCAUGUGGGGAUGAUAAAUAUGACUUCGGCGUUCGUGCGGUGGUCGCCGCCGCCGAAGAACACUCAGAACGGCCAAUUGAUCGGCUACAAGAUUCAGAUCAAGAGCAAUAGCAGUAACAAGAUCCUGGGUCAGAUGUCCUUGAACGCGUCCACCACGUCGGUGAUCAUCAACAGUCUCACCACCGGCGGUUUGUACACGGCGCGAGUCGCUGGACAGAACCGCAUCGGCUUCGGUCCUUAUUCCAGUCCGAUAUUGUUGAACAUGGAUCCUGGACAGCUAACGCAACUGCCACCGCGAACCGAUCCCAGUCACGGGGGCGCGUCCGUUGUCAGAGAAACGUGGUUCCUCGUGCUAAUAAUAACGAUGAUAUUCACUGUGAUCGCCGCACUGCUGGGCGCACUCUAUGUUAGACGCAGACAAGCAAUGAGCAAGCAACUGGGUCAUCUUAACGUGCCCGUAGGCACGGCUAAUGAUAUAUGUCAGCUGAACAAAGAUACGCUCUGGCUGGAACGUGGCUGGCGGCAAACCAAUACUCUCCAGGCCACUGACAAGGACUGUGAGACCAAACUGCUGAACAAUCAGCACAUGCUGGCAGCGGGCAUAAUGGGAAUGGCUGGCUCGGAAUACGCCGAGGUGAAUCUCACGACGUUCUACAACACGCGCAAGCAAAUGCAGGCGCCGCCACCGGAACCGUACGCGACCACAACGCUGUGCGUGGGCAGUCGCAAUUCCGAUUCGAUCGAAACUAGUUGUCAGAAGUCAAACUCGAGCGACUCGUGCCUAAAACCGGACUACUCGAGUCUGGACUCGAAUCAAGAACCGAACAAAUCCACCGUGUCGCCCAGUAGCGACAACAUGAGCGGAGGCGACGCUACGUACACAGACGAAAACCUGGACAUGCAGAGGCGGCAGUUUAGAAUAGCAGGCGCCGCGGGCGGUGACGCGUCCCAGUCAGGUAUGCCGAUGCCUAACUGGUGUGACAUGUUACCACCGCCACCAGAGCAUCCUCCGCCGCUAGGCACGUCGAUAGCCGCAGGUCGGAUGCAUCAACAACAGCAGCAGCAACAAGUGCCGUUCAGUCCGCAUCUCGGCAAGAGAAACGUUCAGAAUGACUUGGAUCACUGCGGCACUGGUGCCAGCUCGGGUAAUCCGCAAAGUCCACCUACCCCGCCCAUCAGGGUGGCCAAUAGUUUUAGUUCGUCGCCGACGCCGUGGAGCAGCGGCGGACAGAGUCAGCAUUCGGAACCCGGUGGUCUCUCGGUAUCGAGCGGUCUUCAACUACCGCAGGGCAGAUACACGACGUUACCACCGCAGACGAAUCCGCCGCCGUUGCCCACGUUUCCACAAGGUUUCAAUCAUUACGAUUACAAGAACCAGGAGAACGAGUACGAGAGCGGUUCCGUUAUCUACGGACAUCAUCAGAACGGUCUUUCGGACGAGUACAGCGUUCGCGACGCUGCGUUCGCACGUUCCUCGAAUCAGCAAUCGCACUUGUCGUCGUCGGCGAUGAGCGAGGAGCUGUAUCGGCACCGGGACGACGUGUUUCACAACGACAAUCUUUAUCAACCCGAGAACGACGAGUGGGAUCGGAAGUCGUGCGACUCCAACACGCAUUCGGACGCGUGCUGUUCGUGUUCGGAGUCGAGCUGCCUGUACGCCGACACGAUACAGUACAGCGCGCAACAGUACGGAACCGGGUGCGGCCACAGCGGAAGCAGAACAGGCUCGCGGAACAGAAGUAACAGGAGCCCGCGAAGAAGAAAUAGGACGUCGUCGCCCACGUACAGUAGCGACAGCAAUUAUUCGUGCAUUCCGCAAAGGCAGUGCGGAAGCACGAACUCGCAGGAGAGGCUGAGGCAUAAUCGUAGCAAAGACAAACUGCCUAACUUUUCGAGAACGGGCGGCUACAAUUCAUCGGCCUCAAACACGAUGAGCAGUACGGGCAGUCAACGAUACAAUAAGCUAAAUAAUAUCUUUCUCAGUGGCAAUAACCCGAACGCUCCGGCGGAGUCUAGUCGACUGGGUGAUCACCGUGAGAGUUAAACUCUGGACGUUAGUAAGUACAGGACGUGCCUGAACGAACGGCCUUCGAUCACAACGAACGAUCGCAGAGAGAGUCUCGGCUACGGGAAGCCGUUUCGCCAGUCAUCAUCAGCGAAAGGUGUCGCGGACGCCUCACACGAAAAUCAAGUUCGAGAUUAAAGCGCGAACUGGUGUAUUUGUCUGUCGAUUAUACGCAAUCUCGUUAAAAUCCCAAGUUCGCUAAACAGCGAACAAGAAUCUCGUUCCUUUUUCGCGUCUCUUUUAUAUCGGGUAUAAAUAGAUUUCACGAGGGACACCAGGAAUAUUCCAUGACUGAGAAACGCUCGCGUUUUUACGAAACGAUGGCUCGUAGAAUUUUUCCUAUGUUUGUACGACGCGCAACAAAAGUCUUCUAUUCGCGAGAGAGAGAGAGAGAGAAGGAGAGAAGCACAAUUUCGAGACACUCGAGACACUCAAGAAUUGCAAAAACGAACUCCGUGUGCGAUUGACGUUCGGCGACGACGGCGGCGGCGGUAAACGCGCCGCGAUAAUAAACGCUCCCGUUUAUGUGCGCGCGACGCGCUCGCACUUCGUACUCGGUACUCAGACAAGGGCUUUCAAAUGAGAAACUAAAAAAAGAUCGCGUAGUAUUAGUUUCCUUCGAGCAUACUCUGCCAAAUAGACUGACUAAAGUAUCAUUGGAUUUUUUUUUUUUCAUUUUGUACAAUGUUGAAAGAAUAUUAAAAAAAAAAGCAAUCCCCAUUUUUGAUAUUAAGAAGAGGAAAGAGAGAGAGAGAGAGAGAGAAGAAAAAAUGAGCUUUCUUCUUGCGAAUCUGCUAUCACACGCCACGUUGCGCGCGCUUCUUUUUUAAAGCGAACAUUUAAUCUCCGAGUGGCCACGUUAGAAUCUCAAAUCUCAGACUAGAGUAUUUCUUUAAAUUUAUCGCUCUGUACUGCCAUGUAUACUGCCAUUCCCGCUGAUGUUCCACGCGUUAGUAGCAAGUUAAGGUACACUGUUGUAGUUUGAUUAAGUUUAUUAUUCUUCACAAGUGACGACUAUAACGAAGUUUGUUGUCGAGUUCCAGUUUUUCGACGAAAGGUCUCGCGCAACCGCUCCGGGAUUAAUAUCGGGGGGAAGAAAAACGCGAAUGUGUGACAUUUCACAGAUUGUCACAAUGUGGCCGAAUAGCACACGAUGAGGAGAAUUAUUAUACGCGCGGGUAACGAUCCGCUCGAGCGCGAACAAAGAAUUCGAGUGGCACGUAUUGAAGUACGUACGAAUUAAGCAAAUAUAGUUUGUCAUUGUGAGAUUUGAUCACGUUAAUGUUACUUGACAACUUUUGGAAGUUAAAAUCAAAAUCAAAUUUAAUUCAGACAGAAUUCGAGCACCGCUUUUAAAAUCCGUAAGAAAAUAAUAUUCGAUUUUGCGACAAGUGGAUCAAGUUUAUUUUUACAUGUUCGCGCGAGAUUGUGCGCUCGAAGAAAACUCCACUGUGUGAAUCACAUCGUAGCAAUAAUAAAAGUAUACGUUAUAUCGCGUUUGUUUGUGAAAAAAAAAAAAAAAAAACGAGAUUUUGCAAAUUUUUCGGAACUUGUUUCCUCUUAACGCACAGUGGCUUUGUUAUCUUUGAACUCUUCUCUCGUUAUCACGGUGACACACACGCACACACACACACACACACAUACAUACAGUCCGAAUAAUCCAUUGUUGUUCGGUUUUACGUGAAAUAAACCUGUCGAUUAACUGCGUUUGCUUGUUACGCACACGAAGUAAUCCUUUCGUUACGGUAAUUAUUGUUUGUUUGAAAAAUUUUAAAUUUCCGAGUAGAAAAUUGCUUUUCCCCGAUUGCGAGAUUUAAAAUAUCGAUAUCGUAUCGCGGCUCGCCGAUACACAAACAGUAUUUGCAACGUUCACGCUCUAUUUCUGGCGCUGAACCAGUCCGUUCGAUUUUCCGAGAGCCGCCGGUAUAAUAACAUUACCUCAUCCGCAUCCCAUUUAGACGGUUUAAACACUCGCGCGGGAUCAAACGGUCGCCGUGGAAUGUGAAUAGGCGGCAUCUUACCAGGCAGGUAAGAUCGCAUAGUCGCGAUCUUAAUAUGGACAAUUAGAGGCGGAUGAUUACAGUCGUGUGUCUCUCUCCCGGUAUACGACGAUACGACGAGAUAUAGGCGGGCGUAAUUGUCGUGGCGAAAGGAUUUAACGUGUCGCGCUCGACGUCGUCGCGACCGAUCACGCUUACAAAGCUCUUAAUGGCGUUUAUUUUCAACAGCCUGUGUAUUAUUGUAUUAUCUAUACAAUGACGAAUGAGGCGUAUUAUUUUGGAUAUAACGUUCCUAAAUCCUAAGGCAAACUGGAGGUCUAAUUUCCACAAAGAAGAAGAAGAGGAAGGGUGAGACGUAUAAUUCUUCCAAAAUAAAUGCACGUAAUGAUACGUUUAACGAAACAAAGUAACAAUAAAAGAAAAAAGACGCGUAAUAUAUAUAAAUAUAAAUAUAAAUAUAUAUAUAUAUAUAUAUAUAUCAUAUCACAUACACACACGUACACAUACAAAUGGUCCUUGUAUAAAUUGUACAAAGUUACUCUCUCUAACGAGAUUUUAGUCAUUAGUUAUUAAUUUAUACGUAUCAACUGAACUCGUAUUACGUAUAAGUAAGAGAGAAGCACACGUAUAAAAGUAUCUCAUGUAUUCUAUAAUUAUACACGUGCACGUGACACGAACUGAUGUGUGUAAAAAAAAAAAAAAAAAUUAAAAAAAAAACGAAAAAAGUGAGAGAGAAUGUGCUCGCGAAAAAAUGUGCGCUUCGAAGCUGUCGACGACAGUGCCGAUAUGUGAAGAGUGUGUUAUUCUCGAACGCGUACCUGAUUCCGAUUUUAUCGGAUAUUUUCGUCGCCGCUUUAAUUUCAUCCAUUCUACGACGCAGGUAAUUAUAGAUGUGCGAAUCGUAAAUUUAAAUAACCUGGUGGUCGCAUUUUCGGAUUAAAAUUUCGAUAUUAUUGUCAAAGGUCAGCGAAGAUAAAAGUAAAAUGAAGAAAAAAAACUCCCUCCCCCCCCCCAAAAAAAAACUGUUGAAACAAAAUGAAAACUAUAAUGAGAUCACAAAUCCGCAAAGUAGCAGAAGAGAGAGAGAGCAGUAUAACGCGAUACUGAUGCGCGCGCGCGCUUUGAGAAAUUCUCGUCACUUGAAAGAUGGCAUUCAAGACUCUUUUUGUGCUUCCUCUACUUGCAUAUUUAUCUUUUGAUUUUCAUUCGCGAGAGACUUGGGGAUCGAGAGCGCAACGAAAUGUAUUUGCAUUCGUAAUGACCGACUUAUUGAGAGCGCGUUUUGCGAAACGGCGAAGAAGAAUUGCAUAUUAUUAGAGCCGUGAAAUUUUACUGUCGUCAUUCUUCUUUUUGAAACGCACAUUUUUAAUAAGAGAGCGGGAAGAGAGAAAGAGAGAGAGAGAGAGAAAGUACGUUAAAUCGCGUCAAUUCGUGGGAUUUACGACAACGUUGUCGUAUUUGUCGCGGAUGAUUCCGGGACAGCGCGCAUCUCCUGCGCGCGAUCUUUAAAGACGCGUUGAACCGAAAUUAGAACCGAACCCAUCGCCCAGAAGUAAAAGCAUCUGCAAAUAAAAUAUAGUCACCACUACAGAAGAGCGUCGCUUGAGAAUUUUAUUUUUAAAACAAACUUAUUUGCAUCUAUGUAAAUUAUCAAGCAACGCGUCGUGCAUACAUUUAUUAAAUGCAUUUUAGCAUUUAUUCAAAUCGCAACGUUAUUUUUUUUUUUCCGGCGUUUUGCGACACUUUGUUACGGGAACUACAACCGGGACGCGAUUACAUUCGUCUUUCAAACCGUCGCUCGGAGAUCGGAGAGCGCUGUUUCGAGCAUCCGCUUAAAAUCAAUAAAUUAUCGCGAUAAAUUAUCCGCGAAACUCCUUCUUUAUGUACAUACGCGAUUGAAAACGAACGUUUUUUAUACGCAGUUUUAAGGCACCCCGUUGGAAUUUGAUUUUUUUUUUUUUGUUUCAACUGCGACGUGCGAGCGAAACUUUCCGCCGUUCGAUUAUCUUUUCUUCUUCGUAACGACGUCGUCGCGGAGAAACGGAGGAUUGUGGCUUUCCUUUUGUACGCGAAUUUACUUAUUAUACAUUAAUAACAUUAAUUACGAAUUUCGGACUAAGUGACAAGUAACGAAGAAGCGUUAUUAUUUGUGACGGCGUGCCUCGCGCGCGUCACAAGGCGAAAAAACUCACUUGGUUACAUGAACUCGUUUAACGACGCGUGGCGAAUCGCUCAAAUUUGUUAUAAUAUAUGUACACAAUACGAUUAGUUUCACUCGGUCCGAAGCCGAGCAAGCUGCCUGAAUAGAGAGAAAUUUAUAAUUCCACGCGACAUAUACUAUUUGUUCAGACAUUAUACACACGCACAACGUAAUUUAUUCACUGCCCUAUGUAAAUUUCCAUAAAAAAAAAGUUACACACACAGACCGAGAAAUAUUGAUCUCUUUUUUGGAAAAAAAAUUAAUUAACAGAGAUACAAAUUUGUUAAAAGGCAGACACAUACACACACACACAUACAGUUGAACAUAAGGUCUAUCUAGUGAUAAUACAAUUACGUAGUGAUGUAAGUAUCCCGGUGUAUAAAUUUACUAGCACGUGACAAAGUAUUCUCACGUGUGAGUAGAUUUAUAUUCGACAAAAAAAGUCCAUCCAAACAGGCGAGGAAAUAAAUAACGAGUAGAAGAGAAGAUAUCAUAUACAUAUGAUAUACUUUUAGGCUAAAGAAAGGGGCAAUUGUCGAGAGAGAGAGAGAGCGAGCGAGCGAGCGAGAGAAAGAGAGAAAGUGCGAGAGAAAGAGUAGAGACUACUAACUACUACUAUAAAGAAGGAAGCAUCUCAUUAAACGUAAUUAGAUAGAAUGUAAUUUAAGUAUCCGUCAUCACGUUACGAGUGUGUGCGUCCGAUGCGAGCUCGCGCGGCUAAAACAAAAAAAAAAGACAGAAAAUUUUCCUACGACUGCGUUCUCUGUCGUUCUUUCUUAGUUCUUUUUUCGCGGCGAAAAAAAAACGAUGUAAAUAUUAUCUUCAGUAUUUUAACAACAAAAACGUGCGAAGUAUUUGAAACGCUUGACAUUUGUUUCGACAUCAUCAACUGAUGAAACAGAUUGUUUACGUCUGCCAGUUACCUGAUAAAAUUCUGAAGAAAAAUUUGUGCGUUCUGUCGAGGAUGAGAACGAAAGAGACGACGAACGAAGAGACGACCUGCUGCCGAGAUUGCGAGUGAAGAGUAUAUAAUUCGUUCGCAAGUGUGUUCAACUCGCUGAUUGGAACCUCCGCGCGAUCUCGGAUCGGCGACGAUGCGACACGCGCAUCAUUCGCGAGAAGCAAUGAUCGCGCACGAGCGAACGCACGCGCGCACAUUGCGAAAUAUCUCUUCGAAGGCUAUGGAAUCGUGACCCUUUCGGAAAAAAAAAAAAAAAA